CUGUGUGAGAGGAGUUUGGACUCCCUGAAGUAGACAUACAAUUAUCAUCAUAAAAUGGGACUGAUUCGUGAUCGGAGGUGUCAUCACAGCUCGGAGAUGACUGAAUGCCACAAUUAUAACUUUCGACUGGCAAAGUGUCACACUUCUAAAAGAUGUCAAAAGCAAAGAUCUACUCUAAUAACAGGCAAAUGUAGACAAAAAUUAUCUCCAUUUUUUCUUGGUCGUUUCAUCGCCAUUUCGAUGGCGAUACGCUUCGUUGUUAUGAUGGCGAUAUGGACUGUCAUAUUCGUAAACUCAUUUCACAACCAAGAAGUUUCAAUUCCUUCAAAUGAAGGAUACUGUGGCCCAUGCCCUAAAAAUUGGUUAUGUUAUAGAAACCACUGCUACCAAUUUUUUAAUGAGAGCAAAACUUGGUACCAGAGCCAAGCUUCUUGUAUGUCUCAAAAUUCCAGCCUCCUGAAGAUAUACAGUAGAGUGGAACAGGAUUUCUUCAAAUUGGUGAAGUCAUAUCAUUGGAUAGGACUCAUACAAAUUCCAACAAAUGGAUCCUGGCAGUGGGAAGAUGGCUCCGUUCUCUUGCCCAACCAACUAACACUGGUGGAAAUGCAGAAUGGAACCUGCAUUGUCUAUGGCUCAAGCUUUAAAGGCUACACAGAAAACUGUUCAGCCCUGAACACAUACAUCUGCAUGCAAAGGAUUGGGUAGUCUCAAUCAACCAUCCCAACACAAAACAGGAACAGAGAAGGGAUUGCACCGGCAGGAACAAUGCUAUGUGGCUGAAGGAAACAAACAAUGGAACAAACACAGGAAAAACAUACACCUCCUGAGCUCUCCAGAAUAGGACCACAGAACUAUUCUGCAUCUAGUAUUCUGUAAGACAAAGGAAGGCAAUUCAGAAAUCAUCAAGUCCACCUCUACCAUGGCCCAGACUGCACAGGAUGGAGUUGGGUUCAGCCUCGAUGAAAAAGAAUGGAACUAAUCCAGGAAAGUGGUGAGGAAAAAGUAGCCCUAUAAAUCACUGGUGGUACAUCUAGCAGAGAAAACUGCUCCAUGGGUGGGCAGUGCUGUGCCCAGCUGUGGGGGUAAUGUUGCCAUCCAAAUCAGUUAAGAAGGCAGGACUGCUGCCCCCGUGGGCCUGGAGGCAGAACAGAAAGCCAGAGAGGUUUAUUCUUGGAACUUAAGAUCUCGUGGAGUUUGCCUACCUAGGUUUUGGACUUGCUUGGAGCCCAUCAUCCUUUCUUUUUCUUUGACAUUUCCUCCUUUUGGGGUGGCAGCCUAUCCAGUGCCAAUCCCAACCUUGCACUUUGAAAGCACAUAAUUUAUUGUAUUUCAUGAGUUCACAGCUGGGGAAGAACGUUGCCUGUCCCACCCAACAAUAUUUUGGGUGGGACAGGCAACAUUUGGAUAAAUAUUAACUAUUUAGGUAAUACAUAGAUGAGACUUCAGGCUUUAGAUUUUAGGGUUAGUGCUAGAAGGAGUAAAGCCUUUUGGGGUUGUUGGGAUGGAAUGAGUGUAUUCUGCAUGUGAGACGGACAUGAACCUUUCAGAGGCCCAGGGUAGACUAAAUGUUUGUGUACCUCCAAACUUCAAACUUGAAACUAUAACACCCUCCAAAUUAUAAUAGAAGGCAGGCCUUUGGAAGGAAAUUUGUGUCAUAAGUGUUAAACCCUGGUGAGUAGGAUUAAUGCUUUUAAUAAAAGACCCCAGAAACCUCUCUAAUCUUUCUUACAUCACAAGAGGAUACAAGGAGAAUUUGAGUCUACACCUGCAGGAGGAUCUUCAGCAGAGCUCAACCAUGCUGGCAUAACUCACCCAGUCGAUAAAGCUAAGAACAGAGGGGAAGAUAGCUGGGCAUUCGUUAUCACUGAAAAUAACAGAAAAUGAUUGAUAAUGUUGUUGCAUAAUAUAGUGUUACUUGGGGAAAGCAUUACUAAACCAGCAGGCAGGUAAAAUGUAUUAAAUAUCAAAAUUGAAUAAAAAUGAAAAUCACAACUGAAAAGCAACCACAGAAACUGGCUUUUAUUCUGAGAGUUUAUAAUAAACUUUGGGACUGUUAGUUUCUGUUUUAAUGGUUGUCAUGGAGCUUGGAAAUACAAGACAAAGUUUAGUGGUCAUCUAACCUGAGUGUGAAAUGCAAUUUCUCUUUCUAAAACUGAGAUCCCCCAAAUGUUUCAAACUCCUACAAGAAAUAAGAAAUAAAACUUAUACUUCAGAAAAUAGAAAGAGAGAUUCUUGCUAGUCUUGAUCUUUGAAAAGAUGGAGGAGAAAAUGAAAACUUCCCAUGAAACAUUUGUACCCACAGAUAAACCCUCGUUUAUAUUUACAGCCCACGUCUGGCUAACAGUGAAGUCCAAAACUAUGGCAGUGAAAUAAUUUAUUUGAAGUAGUUCAAGGUUAUUAAUAAUAGCCUUACUAACAGUUCCAAUAUUGUCUGAAGGAAAAUAAUCUCAACCAGUUCUCAAGAACUUUGGCAAUCUUCCAAAUUUCUCGAACACAAAGAUAAAAUUACAAAAAGUAGAUACUAAAGGAUGGGAGGGUGGCAUGGGGAUGUGGCU